AUGAGUGAAGGCUGCAACUUUUGUGGUGAGACCACAACUAAGCUGUUGAGAUGUGGUCGCUGUAACUCUCGCUUCUACUGUGGUUCGUCAUGCCCGAAAGAGGAUUGGCCAGCCCACGAGAGUACUUGCAAACCUCAGAACUUCGUCCUUCGAAUUGUUCUUUGGCCUCAAGCGAUAGUCAAACCCCGUAUUACUCGGACUUUGUCGUGUCCUUCCACAUCUACAUUCUCUAAACUCCAUGAAGCCAUCCAGGUUGUUUUUGACUGGUCAAGCACACAUGCCUGGGACUUUGACCUCUUUGAUUACAGCACUACGAGGAAUCGUGUGAAUAAACGUGCUAGAGGAGAGCCUGUUCUUAAGAUUAAGGAUAUGAGUAUCUUCAAAGACCACCAUCCUGACGUGCCAACUCGAGAUAGCGCAAAAGUUACGCUUGGAAAACUUCUCGGCAGCAAGAGCCCAGAUAGAACCAUCCACUACAACUAUGAUUUUGGUGAUUGCUAG